AUGUCUACUCCCACUCCUCGAGGUCGCCGAGAUGCCAGCGAAGACCCCGAAGACCUUCCUGUGGACCACCACCUGUCUCUUCCCGCUUUUCACUCCGUCCGUGAAGCCUCAAGAGGAGGAAUCUCCAGAACAGGUUCUGUAGCUUCCAGCUCCAUCAGUAAUCGAAGUGGGAGUCAUCAUGCAGACGCGGAACGGGCGCAUUUCGUGGACAGGCUGUCCGCCGCGAACAGCACACGAAGUGAUACUUCGCCACGCGGCAAGGAGAACGAGAGAGAAGACGGCGUUCGUCAGCAUCACUCCACACGCAGCUCCGGCGGAUUCCUUCUAGAGCCGGUGACCAGCUCUAAUCGCAGAUCGCUCGUAUCGUUGACGCCGUCCGAGAGGGAUUCGAACCCGAACAAGGGCAGUGAGAGAUCUGAGUUAAUGGUCCCAAAGAGAAGGAAACGAGACAAUGGCUAUGUCAGAUCUUCGUUCAGAAGCUCCCCCCUCUCCAGCGAACUUAGACCAGACCCUAUCAUACAAAACCAAGCCAACCCCGGUGUGUUCAAUUCUGGAACAGAUAUCCACGGUUCACCUUCGUCGUCCCGGAUUGACUCUCGGCUUGAUGAAAGUGUGGCGUCGGGAUCGGUCAACAUGGAAACAGAACGAGGAACAGUGGCAAAGAUCGGUUAUGACCAAGAUCCUGCCCAGAUUGUUAACAUGGCUCUAACGUUGAGUGAGGGUCGACGUCGGCUGGCAUCUGGGAGAAGAUAUGCUUCAGCCGAACAAGGAGAUCGUCGUGUCAUUUCUGCAACCUCGACCACCAGCCCUCGGAAGACGAUUAAGACCAGGAGCAUGGCCGCGUUUCUCGGAUCAACCAGACCGUCAUCACGAACAGGUUCGCCCAAGCCGAAAUUCUCGACUGUCUUUCAUGAACCCGGGAAUGCAAGUCAGAUUUCGCCCGCCGAGGCUGCGACUUCCGAGCCAGAGCACCAGCACCCUUCUGAUGCCGACAUAGAUUUUUUCGACCAGAUAUCACCCGCCACGGCAGCCCGGGUUGAGAGAGCAAAAGCAUACUUCGAAUUAGCCUAUGAACACCGUCGCCUGCUGCCACACCUACCCCCGAUUCGCAGACCUGGGAGUCCAGCACCCUCUUCUGGGCCCGAAGCCUUCCAGAAGGCGUAUAAUCCUCUGCAAUAUGUUCGAAACCGCAAGCUUCGUAUCUGGGAUAAAACUCCUAUUGACAGUGAAGCAGAUGGGUGGCACGAUUUACAGAGGGUCAGGGUCUGGGUCGAUGCUGUCAUUUCGAGCCACCCAGAAACCCAACAUGACCCGGUUGAGUGUGUCCGUCUACCUCCGUUCGAUCAACGUAGCACCAAUUCAGACGUGGAAGAGUCGACCCAGUCGCCGAGCCAACCCAAGACCACUGCAACGACUCGGAUACCAGAUCAGUUUCAUGCCAGAUCGAUUCGACCGCGAUCGGACUGGGUUACUUAUCCGGCUGAUCUCCUGGCUGAUGCAUACUGGUUGGAACAAGGGAUGAACAAGACCAAAAUCCAGGAUCGAGACAACAACCCGAUUUAUCCUCCCAACACGCAGUUCAACUUUUCAGGAUGGCGGAACACGUCCCCAGUGGAUAUUCCAACCAUAUUACAACAGCCUUCCCCUCCUCAGUCUCACCACGAUUUAUCACAAGAUGAGCCGCCAUCCUCAGCUUUGCCUGAUUUGCCGACCUUCACUUCCGCCCUCCAUGCCCAUAAGCAUUCACAUCAUCAUCGUCGACGGAGAGAUAAACUCAAGGAUACCCUUCAGAUUAAAGAUACAAACAGUUCGCAGGAACGCUCGCGAUUACGACGGAAGUUAUUUCGCGACAGCAGCGAUUCCGAAGAUUUUGAGUCAACAUCAUCAGGUGAAGGAGGCAGUUCGGAACGUGGUCGGAAGCGGUUUGCACGUAAAAGACAGCUGUCCCCCGGCAAUGAAGGGUUUCUGAGCCAUGGAAGCAAGUUUCAUAUCAAGAAAUCACCUCAUCCAUUCGGAGGAUCUCGAAGGGAUUCGAGUCCAGGCUCAUCUGCACCAAAUUCCAAAAGAUCCUCGGUCGACCAUGGUGCCCUCAACAAACUCUUCAACGUAGAUAACUUGAAAAGGGCCUCCCCCCUGAACAGGUCUCGGAACAGGCACGAAUCACCCCAAUCCGGGCCGACGAAGACCACAACACGUUCAAGCCUUGAGCACGAAACAGGGCCUCGUGCGUCCACCGAAUACGAUACGACCACUGCUCCGAACUCCCCGAAUGGAGUGGAAUGGCCAAGCAUUGCCAUCAAUCUUUCUCCACCGCAAAGCAGAAACACGUCCCCAAAACGCAAAACUCGAUCUGCCAUUCUUCACCCUUUCCAUCGAAAUCAUCACAAAGACCACGACCAGGUCAAUACCGCCGAUUUUGCCCACGUUCCUCCAUCCCAUAUCACGCAGCGCCAGGGCAGUGACGCGGAAAAACAAUCGGACAGUCCUCGGUCUCGUGCUACCAGCCCCAUGAACAAGGGGCUGGGCCUUGAGUCUACAAACUCAACGCCUGCACUACAGCAGGAUCGUGUAACAGCGCACUCAACGAAUGGGCAGGGGGUAAAUAAUCACAGCAAGGUGAGCACACGUUCUACAACUACUGCUGCGAGUGAUUAUUCCAGGGUCCGGGGAAUCUUCAAAGGUGGACGCAUUGCAGAAAUUGUUGGCCACGAAGUGUCCCGAGUGGGUGAUUUUAUUUGGAAGCGUGACCCACCCUCAGUAUACAGACAUAAGGGGUCGGCAUCGACCGCCAGUGUUCGUUCAUAUGAGGAAGCAGAAGGGGAGAAAGAGGCGUCUCAGAAUGGAACAAUACCCAAGACACCACCGAUGAAGCUACGAUCGAGAUCUUCCACCCUUUCUAGUACGAAGAGUGAGCGCAACUCGCCGGUCUCAAUCAAGGCCAGUUCCCCACCCAGUGGCCGGCCUCUCUACAACAAACCUAAUCUUCCCAGUUUCACUUCACCAUUUCAAAAGGAUCGAGAAGCACAAGACAAGAAGCUGGCAUUAUUGACGGCCGACCACGAUGCCAAAACAUCCGACGGCGAGGACGUUGUCUCCCGUCUUACUGCUCAGCACCACUCUACUUCUCCUUCCCCUCGACGGGACCGCAGAACGUUACCCAAGUUGGAUACUCAGACACCAACCCCACCUAAUGGUUUGAACCGAACCAGAACCUACGGUUUUGGAGCUGCGUUCGACCUAACCAAGCCCCGUGAUGCGUCAGACGUACUUGAUACUGCGGUUGGUCAAGUAAACCACACAUCUGUUCGUCCUACCAAGUCUGCGGGCGACCUUGCCCAUGCGGAAGGAUCCGAGACUGGACAAGAGGAGGCAGAUCCUGUCGAAGUGUCGUGGCGGGACAUCAGUCGAGCUGAAGCUCUGCUUUACACUUCGACGGUCAAAGCAAGGGAAAUUGGCCGACGGGCAGACGAUGACUCGGCGCUCCCGAAGUUCUUGCUCGAUACUCUCACCCCUGAAAACCAAGCCUUGCAUUCGGCAAACCCGCUACGCGUCAAGAAACGCGAACGGCAUAUUGUGGCGGCGCGAAACAUCAUGAAGAAUCUGGACAGGCAUUCGGCGACUUUCAACGACAGAUUGCAUUGGUUCAGCAGGUCGAUGGCCCCGAGUCUGCAUACCCAACUGCAGAUGCUCGAGGACAUGGUGGAGAAGAACAUGACACCCAUGGUCAGGAGCACAGCAGAUAAGGCUGGAGAGCUUAGCAUGAAACUCACCACAUCGAGUACACUUGCCGUCAAGGAACUGAACGAUUCGAUUGAUGCCGCCUUCCGGAGGAGAAGAAGAGGCCCAGUCAGACUUGCCCGCCGGGUGUGGUUUGCUGGUAUCGAGUGGACAGUUGUUGGGCUGUUAUGGUUCAUUUGGGCCGUUGUGUCCCUGGUCCAGUUGAUAUUGGGGGUAAUGAGAGGGUUCGUGAAGACGGUGAAAUGGUUACUAUGGAUUUCAUAG